UCCAUGGUUCCCUUUGCUUCAUGAUUUGACAAAUGUGUUUGACAAUAAAUUUUCUAAAUCGUCAGUACUGUAAAUAUAAGCAUUAAUGGCAGCCAAACCCGAGCUGAAGGAUGCGAAGGGAACUCAAAUGAAGGGAAAGAUCAAGUUUGAAAAAAAGCCUUGCCCUUGGUUAUGUGACUUGGUGCCAGUGAAUGUUCCUCCGCCAGGGCAGGCACAAGCUGUACUACAUCCCAGAAAGGAUGUUUUUGUUUUGAAGGUAGCUAAAGUUGGAGCAAACGGUGACCGGCGUUGUAAAUUGGAACUUGAAUUGGUGACCCCUAAAGGAAGUCAAAAAAAAGCGCCCUGCCGAAUUGAAACGCGGGAAACUCAGUGCGACCCUGAGUGCGAACCAUGUGGUUGUAUGAAAACAAACAAGAGAAAGAAAUAAACUAUUAGGAAACUACAUUUUAAACCAUUAACGCUUAUCAUAUACCUAUUGGGUUUAGAGAAUUAAGUAAAAAUUUGUUUCAUAUAUCACACAAACAAUAUAGAAAACUAAAUAAAAUAUCAAAAAAUCACAAAUAUCAUAAUUUCAAUGCAUGUUCCUUUAAUCAUAGAUGCAGCAUAUGGCUAUGAAAUACGUAUGACCUAUAACUAGAGACAAAAAAUUUCCGA